GAGCCGCAGCCGCCGCCAAGCCUGGAAUCCGAAGCGGGUGCAGGGCCCCCGGAGGUGCCCGCGGAGCCGGAUCGCGACGGCCCCCGAGAGGAAGACGAGCCCAAGCUGGCUCCAGGCCCUCAGGUAGGAAAUCGAGCAAAACGACUCCGACUGCCCGACUGCUUACACCUCCCCAGAGCGGGAGCGGGAGUGGGGCGGGAUUGGGCAUGGCCCAUGCUGUGGGUCUGGGGCCAAAUCCCAAGUCCGGAGCAGAAGCUUUGAACCCCCUUGUCCGGAAUGGAGGCUGGACCCCUCUCCAAAGCCAGAGCUCAGACAAACCCUCUUGCAACCCUUCUAAAGCUACCCGUGCAACCCCUACUCUGGACCUACAUGUUCUGACCAUUUAUGCUCUCUGGGACUGGCUCAGGUCCUCAGGCCACCGCUUAGUUCUCUGCCCUCCACUUCCCUUUGGAGCCACCUGAACCCCCGGCCCCUAAAAGACCAUUAUCUCAGGGCGCUGGAACCUGCAAGGCUGCAGCCUCUGUGCGCCCCGCCGCCCCCAGCAGCUUCAUUCCUUCCCCUGCAGCAGCUACCCUCAACAGCUGUACCUCUGCAUCUGCCUUCUGGGACCUCCCUCCUUUCCCUACCCAGCAGAACAGUUGGAGUAGAGAGUCAGGCGGCCCCAAAGACUGUUAGAACAACUCCACUAAAGAGGAAACCCUUGUUCCCCUCCUAUCUCCCAUCCCAUAAGGCGCCCCCACUCCCACCCCCACCCCUGCCAGUCCACUAGUUUGGCGAAUCCUGCGAGAGUAAAAGUAUUCAGGAGGGUUCUCGAGAGCUUCCAGCUUGCCACCUGGAAGGUCACUUUCUUUCGAGCAAAAAGAGAAAACAGGAGAGGCGGGGGUGGCGGGGGCCACAGUUGCUCAGGGAGGGUUGUAGCACCCGGGGCUGGGUGGCUUGCCCUAAGCUUGCUCUGACAAAAGAGUUUUGAGUUGGUUUUUUGGCUGAGCCUGCCAAGGAAGGCAGGCCCCUGCAGGAGUCUUGGAGGGUCGGAUGCAGCGCCCGGAUGAGGAUGAGGCGUGGCGGAAGAUGCGUUUGGCUCUGCAGACACUGCAUCGGGCAGCAGGGGACUCUGGGAGGCUGGUGCAGCCUGAAGGCAUGGCUCUUGACAGCCUUCUAGUAGAAUCUCUGGAAUUGUGCAUGUUCCCCCUGCCUCCAGCCAGUCUGUGCAGACUUGCUGCCUGCUGUGUCACCGCGAGCGCAAAGGCUGGGAAGAAGGCCCUUCACAAAAUGGACUGGUGUUGCAGGGUGAGAAGCUGCCCCCUGACUUCAUGCCAAAGCUCGUCAAGAAUCUCCUAGGCGAGAUGCCUCUAUGGGUCUGCCAGAGCUGCCGAAAGAGCAUGGAGGAGGAUGAGAGGCAGACAGGUGGAGACCGUGCAGUGGCGAUUUCCUUGUCACAUACAUCCUGCAAAUCACAGUCUUGUGGGGGUGACUCUCAUUCAUCCUCGUCUUCUUCAUCAUCCUCAUCUUCCUCCUCCUCUUCCUGCCAUGGGAACUCAGGGGACUGGGAUCCCAGCUCGUUCCUGUCAGCACAUAAGCUCUCAGGCCUCUGGAAUUCCCCACACUCCAGCGGGGCUGUGCCAGGCAGCUCUCUCGGGAGUCCCCCUGCUAUCCCUGGUGAGGCUUUCUCUGUCUUGGAGCACCACCAGCACUCAGACCUCACUGCUCCCCCUAACAGCCCCACUGGCCCUCCCCCCAAUCCAGCAUCUCUGAUUCCUUCUCACCCUGGUUCCUUCAGCUCGGCGCCCCACCCACACCCGCUGCCCACCACCCCAGCAGCACCUUUCCCUGCCCAGGCUUCAGAGUGCCCUAUGGCUCCUGCCACUGCCACCCACCCCCCAGGGCCAUGUCAGAGCCCUCAUCUGCCCUCCACCAGCAUGCCACUCCUGAAGAUGCCUCCACCACUCUCGGGGUGCAGCCACCCCUGCAGCGGGCACUGCAACGGGCACUGUGGUGGGCCUCUUCUCCCACCACCAAGCUCUCAGCCACUCCCUAGCACUCACAGCAGGGACCCUGGGUGCAAGGGGCACAGAUUUGCACACAGUGGCCUGGCCUGUGAGGCAGAUGAGGGUCUGGGAGAGGAAGAGGAUAGCAGCUCUGAGCGCAGCUCUUGCACCUCGUCCUCCACCCACCCCCGCGAUGGGAAGUUCUGUGACUGCUGCUACUGUGAGUUCUUCGGCCACAAUGCGCCACUCGCUGCCCCGACGAGCCGGAAUUAUACUGAGAUCCGGGAGAAGCUCCGCUCGAGGCUGACCAGGCGGAAAGAGGAGCUGCCCAUGAAGGGGGGCACCCUGGGCGGGAUUCCUGGGGAGCCUGCGGUGGACCACCGAGAUGUGGAUGAGCUGCUGGAAUUCAUCAACAGCACGGAGCCCAAAGUCCCCAACAGCGCCAGGGCUGCCAAGCGGGCCCGGCACAAGCUGAAAAAGAAGGAGAAAGAGAAGGCGCGGCUGGCAACAGAAGCUCUGAAGCAGGUGAAUAGUGUCUCUGGAAGCCAGGAGCCAAGGCCUGCCAGGGAGAGGCUCCCAGAGUGGCCUGACCAGGAACUGGACCGGGUCAACAGCUUCUUGAGCAGCCGCUUGCAGGAGAUCAAGAGCACCGUCAAAGACUCCCUCUGUGCCGGUUUGAGUAUGUGUGAACUCAGUGUGGAGAGCAGUGGCUUUAAGGAGGGGACUGUGGAAGCUCAGACCCUAACCCCUUCGGACCUCAGCGGCUCCUCUCAGAAACAGCCUGACAUCAACCUUGACCUGUCCCCUUUGACCUUGGGUUCCCCUCAGAGCCACACAUUACAAGCUCCAGGUGAGCCAGUCCCACCAUGGGCAGAAAGGAGAGAUCCUCACCCACCAUGGACAGAGGUGAGGGGCCCCCCUCCUGGUAUCCCUGAGAAUGGGCUCCUAAGAAGACUCAACACUGUGCCCAACCUGUCCAGGGUGAUCUGGGUAAAGACACCCAAACCAGGCAACUCAAGCUCUGAGGAAAGUCCAAAGGAAGUGCCCAGUUGCCAGGAACUGUCUGAGCCUGUGGCCACAGGUGGAAAGCCAAGAAAGAGCAAGAGACAGGGAAGUCAAGCAAAGAAGACUGAGGCAAGUCCAGGCCCCUGGCCUCCAGCCAGUCUAGAGGCUCCCAGUGCCAAGAGUCAGGUAUCUAGCCCCAAGCCGCCAGGCAAGGGCUCAGAGCCUGCCAAAGCGGGCAGUGGUGCAGAACCUGGAGAGGGCAGCCGGGGGAGCCGGCCAGGACCAAUUCAGGCCGACAGCCCCAAAAUUGACAAGAAGGGUAGUUCCGGGCAGAAUUGCCCAGGUGGGGCCAAGGCACGGACUCUGGAGCAGGAAUCUGAGCAGACCCCCAGCCCAGCAAGGCCACAGAACUUGUCCCAGGGCAAGGGCCGCAGCCGCCGGAGCCGAAACAAGCAGGAGAAGUCAGCCUCCUCCUUGGACGAUGUGUUCCUGCCCAAGGACUUGGAUGGGGUGGAGAUGGAUGAGACAGACCGAGAGGUGGAGUACUUCAAGAGGUUCUGUUUGGAUUCUGCAAAGCAAACUCGUCAGAAAGUUGCUGUGAACUGGACCAACUUCAGCCUCAAGAAAAGCACAGCUAGCACAGCUCAGUGAGCCCUGCCCAGGUUGACGUCUCCAGGUCAUCUCAAGGCCCCAGAUCAAGCUGCAGAUGUAGUUCUGACGUGCCCUGCCACCUGUCUUGACCCACCCUGCUCCCACCACCCUGACCAACCAAAAGCUGAAUGGACGCCAUGCUGUGCUGGGGGCCUUUGAGGACCUCAGCAGAGCCGCUUCCUGGUGCUACGCAGCCUCCACUCAGAGCCCAGGGAUGGGCUGGCCUGUGAGCCAAGGGCUGGUGGCACUGCUGGCCCAAAACUGCUCUCUUUGUGUUUGUUUUGUUUUGUUUUUUUAAUUCUUUACUUUUGAUACUGUGAAUAUCUUUCAUGGGGAAAGAUAAAGCAACAUUUGGACACAGA